UGUUCUUCUACUUACAACAAACAAGUAGGAGACGUACUCACUCAAGUUUCAUAACAACUGCAAGAUACUCAUACUACUACUUCUAGCAUCAACAACUACCAUCGAAAAAUCUUCCAUAAAACUUUUAACAGUACCUCUUCUACGACCACCAGCAACAUGCUUCCGAAAAUUGAGUUGCAUGCUCAUCUGAGUGGCUGUGUCCGCCAGGACACACUCUGCGCUAUGGCUGCGAGACGCAACCUGCCUACAUUUCAAAAGUUCGAUGUGAAAGCAGAACUUACUGCCACGACAGAGCAGAAUGCUCCUAAAGAUGAUGACCACGAUGAAGCUCAAGCUUCGAGAUCAAGUAUAUUCGAAAGGGCCAUGAAAAUUAUGAUGUAGGCGACUCGUCUAUCACUAUGAUCUUCAGGGUCAGUCGUGAUGUUGUUGAUAGAACUAAAAAUUUAAGGAGGAUGAGGAACAAAAAACAGGUGAAGCAACCUGGCAGUUGCAAGAAAAGAUUGCUGCAGAUGAUAGACGAGUGUCGCUGUUUUGUUCAUACCAGAGUGCUUCGCCUAUUUUUAAGAAGGGGGAACAGUGAAGCCGAACCCGAAGAGGAGGUGGACUCAAGGAUUGCGAGAGGAGACCGACCUACAACAAGUCUAGCAGGUUUCGUCAGAUGGACAUUAUCUUCAUUAUCAAUCUUCUCGUCGCAUAAAGAUAUUAUAUGCGCAGCGCUGAAGAUUCUGAUAUUAAACAGACCUCCUCAUUCGUUGAAGGAGCCCUUCGCCUUCCGCUUUCUUCUAAUGAAUCGAAACUGUGGCUCGCGUGGUAACAGACCUUGAUGCUUUAGAAGAGGCUACGCGAGACGUUUUGGACGCGUUCCUAGAUGACGGCUGCGUCUAUCUGGAACUGAGGACAACACCGAAAAAACUACUUCAGAAAAACUCUACAACUGCUUUAAGGAAAGAACGAUUUGAAUAAUCGAAAACUCAAAAUAUCCGAGUAGCCAACUGAAAUAACAGAGCAUGAGGCGCCUUUUCUUUCAGUAUCUCGCUUAUUUUAAGUAGUUACUCUUACUCGCUUAUUUCAGUUUAUCGAAUACUUUUUUCUUUCUAGUAAAAAUGAUGAAGGCUCCUCCUCCACGAGCCACCUUGAAGAGCCUAGCCUGUCCAUAAGGCCAGCGGGCUACAGAAGGGCUCUUACGUGUUUGUAGCUCCGAAGGUGGAUAUAAAAAAAUGGGUUUCAUAGCCGCAUUAGAUAUUCUAAAACUUGUUGCGACCUCGAAGGAAGCCGACUACGUUCGCACUGUGCGUGACGUGUGCGCUAGUCCCAAGUAUACUGAUGAAUUGCACGUCCGGCUCCUCCUCAGCGUCGACCGAGGAAAGAUAAAGUCUUUCGAGGACGCUCAAAAGCAAAUCAAGUGUUGCUUAGCUUUGUACUUAUGAAGACAUGACGAGCACGACGGCCCACGAGGACGAAGACCACUGUGGCAGCUUACACCGAUGGAUCCCAAUUCAUUGUGGUGUGGAGCCUUCGUCUUGAACUACCGUGUUGUUUCUAAUACCCCAUGAAUUUGCACCUUUCGUGGUAGGCCUAGACAUAUGUGGCAAUCCUGCAGUGGACAGUGUCGUGCCGUAUCUGCUGCCUGCACUACUAGAAGCUAAAGACGAACACGACGCAGCAGCAGCAGCAGAACGAGCUUCUGAAGAUUCUUGGUUAAGAAAAAUGGUUCUUGGUUAUCUAAGAAAAGCCAUAGGGGGCACCUUGCCGAAUAGACUUAAAACUACAUCGAGAUCACUUCUUAGUUUUUGAGAGAAGUUCCUGGCUAUGGCUAAGAUUGCUUAGUUUUCUUCUCUGGUGUACCAUUAUGCAGAAUGCCGAGUGUACAACCUCACCUCUAACUCGGCCUCUAGUCACGUUUCAUUUAGGCGAAGAUAUUUCCCACACUGAAACAGAAGUCGAUGCAGUGUUGGAUUGCGCCAGCAAGCUGAAUAUCCGUCGUGUUGGCCAUGUCUGUUUUCUUACUGCCGCACAGCGAGAACGUGUUAAGAAGCUGGGCCUAGGCGUGGAACUUUGUCCUUAUGUUGUUGCUUUGACUAUUAUUUGUGUAAAUCGAUCUUCCUUUGCAGGAGCUCUCCUGGUCCUGACUAUUCUUUUGUUUUUUGACGAUGAGCUGUUGACAUCUAAAAAGAGAAAGAGUUGUGUAAUGAUGUCGACUCAUACCCAUAGAAGAUCCUCAACAACUCAUUGUUCAUCUUUUAUCGCAUAAUACCGACACAGUGCCACCUCUCAUCUCAGAAGUCUUCAUCUAAGUCUUGACAUCGAAUUGCGUAACACGAUCUUUGUCCAGUUUCAGUGAUCACCACUUUCCGGAAUGGCACUCGUCGAAGGUUUCCUUCUGCACUGACGAUACUGGACUCUUUGGUUGCUCUCUCUCAUCGGAGUUGUUAAGGCAAGAAACUAAGGGAAAAAACGAAGUCGAACGUGCAAAUAAACUUUGUUUUUAUUUACUUUCACUUUUUUUUACGUUGCUAUACUACGAUGAACGAAGCAAGACCGUCUCGUGGUGUCGUCGCCAGACUCUAACAUCAGCUGAGAUGAAGCAAGCCUUUGGUCUUUCGCAGUUAUGGUAUCUUGUUCAUCUGUGGGGGGCGCAGCGUCCAUAUACUUAUAACUACCGAACAAUAUUGAUACAUAUGUGGUCUUGUUAGUGCGUGCUCGGUGAAACUCACUAGUAUCGACGAAUUUGUUGAGGUUGUUGGAAGGUGGUACUGGUACCGGGAAUACUAAAAAAACAACUAAUAGUACUACUUCUAUUUCGUCAUGACCACGGAGACGGGUUCGUCGUGAACAGAAUAAACCUUUGUACAUCUCUUCACUCUUUUGCUCUUCAUCUUCCUCUAAGAAGUCGUGACUUGAUGCAGCUUCAGCUGAAUGCACUGGAGAUGAGCUUUUUACCACAUGCCGACCCACAACGGCAGAGAAUACGGCAGAAAAUAAGGACAGCAUGGACUUCUACGUGCGAGGAGGAGGACAAGCUUUGAACCUGUGAGAUACUGUAGCUUUUAUUUGCUUGUUGAGAUGAACAAAUCGAAGACGUAGAAGAAGAAGAAGUAGAAGAAACUCUGUGUCAAGGUCUCAGGAGUGGAAGACCCGGGAUACCGCAUAUUGAUGAGGGAUUCCAUGACAUUGACAAGUAGAAGCAUGGCGCACCACCUGUAU